AUGGGAUCUCUUGAGGAAACAUGCGCUUCUUUGCGCGCCCAGAUCGCCGCCACAGAAACACAACUUGCGGGGCUCAAACGCGAUCUUGCAAACGCCGAACAAGCGGCACAAUCGGAGACCGCAACAACCGUGGAAAUUCGGCAGGGGGACCGGAAUGGCGAAGGAAGUCGGUGGCCAUUGCUUCCGGAGGAAUAUAAGCGAUACGGACGACAGAUGAUUGUUUCACAAGUUGGCCUGAAAGGUCAACUGAAACUUCGAUCGGCCAGGGUCCUGCUUGUUGGAGCCGGAGGACUGGGAUGUCCAGCUGCGCAGUACCUUGCCGGUGCGGGCGUUGGCACUAUUGGCCUCAUCGAUGGGGAUACGGUCGAGGUGUCGAACCUUCAUCGCCAAGUGCUUCAUCGAACGAAGAAUGUGGGGAAGUACAAGGUGGACAGUGCAAUUGAGUCUUUGCGAGAACUGAAUCCGCAUCCCACCUACAUCGCGCAUCGCACACACCUCACGCCUGAGGAAGCACCCGCCAUCUUCCAAGAUUAUGAUCUGAUUCUCGAUUGUACCGAUAACCCGGCGACGCGCUAUCUGAUCUCAGACACUGCGGUGCUUCUCGGAAAACCGUUGGUCUCUGCGUCUGCCCUGCGAACUGAGGGCCAGUUGAUGGUGUUGAACAACCCACCCCGAGCGCCAGGUGACAAGACUGGAGGGCCGUGCUAUCGGUGUGUGUUCCCGAAACCACCACCGGCUGAUAGCGUGGUCAGUUGUGCGGACGGGGGUAUUCUCGGGCCUGUUGUUGGCACGAUGGGUGUCUUGCAGGCCCUGGAGGCGAUCAAGGUCAUUACUGCACCUGAGGUUGAUGGAGACUCAGAUGUGACCACAGCUCGUCCACGGGAUCCCCCGUCUCUGCAUAUCUUCUCUGCCUACUCAUCGCCUCUGGUCCGCACAAUCCGUCUUCGUUCACGCCGGGCCAAUUGUGCAGUGUGCUCCGCCGAGGCAACUGUCACGCUGGAUACAAUUAAAUCAGGCUCAACGGACUAUGUCUUCUUUUGUGGAUCCACAAACUUACCCUCCCUGCUUGCCCCCGAGGAACGUAUCUCUGCUCUGGAAUACAGCCAAAGACCGCGAAAUGUCGCCACCGAUUCGUCACAGCUUCACACGAUAAUUGACGUCCGUGAUGAAACUCAGUUUGGAAUUUGCAGCCUGGAGAAUAGUAUCAACAUCCCUAUCUCUAAAAUCCUUUCCUCGGGGUAUUCUGCUCCGUCACAAGGGGCCGAUGAUGCGCAGCAAAAUGCACAAGUACCUUCAUGGUUACCGUCCGAGGUUGCCUCGUCUGAGUCUACGAACCCAAUCUACGUCGUCUGCCGUCUAGGAAACGAUUCGCAGAUUGUCGUCAAAAAAUUGAAAGAGCUAGGACUGGAUCAGGAUGGGAAGAGGUUCAUUGGUGACAUUCGCGGAGGACUACGAUCAUGGAAAGAACAAGUGGAUUCCUCGUGGCCGGAAUACUAA